AUGAUUAAUUCCAGCAUUUCCAGUACUACUGAUUCUAAUACAAUUAUAACUAAUGUAGAUUUCACUUCGGAAAUCACAGAAUUAGACUUUAGUGAAACGUAUAGUGAAACUACAGAAAGCACAGAUGAAGAUGAAGCUACCACUCUAAAUACUGCAUUUGAUGAACUUACAAUAUCAAUUGAUAGAGAAAAUAAUGAAACUAAUUCAAAUUUGACAGAAAUAUGUCCACAUUUCAAGAACGGAGCAGUUUUGGAUCUGGAUGCUAUGGCAGAUGUGUGGCAAGUUAUAUACUAUCAGUUACCUGAACAUAUACCCUGUUUCAGAAUUCAAUUGCAAAAAAUAUCACAAAAGAACAAAGAAGAAAAUUAUAAAUUUUACGGAACUUUCAACGAAACUGUGGAUUGGUCUGACUGUAAUAUUGAAAUUAAAAGUAGUGAGAUGACAAAAUCAAGAAAACAUUUCUUGCAAGGAUCCAAAUAUGAUAUGGAAAUAAUGGAUAAUGUCAUUAUUGAGGAAGAAUACAAAGAUAACUUCAUAUACGCCUCACGCCAUGAAGAAAGUGCAAACCAGUGGCAGGUAAUAAAAAAUCUUCUCCUGAUGAGGGAUUGCGAUAGUGGUGACAUUGUGGUAUUUGCUAGAGUUCCUAUGCAAACUCGGAUAGAGGAUUUGGAGAGUGCCCUAAAAUUAUUUGGUGAAGAUACAAUCAAUUAUACGACAACUUGUGAUAAUGAAACAGAUGUUCUGAAUAUUGCUAAAACUCCAAUCGAUGAUGAUAUAUAA